UGCUUUUCUUUUGUUUAUUUAUUUAUAGUAAAUGUUUCAGAACAUUUUGGUACCAACUCUUCUCUUACUGCUUAUGUCGAACAGUGGGUUGUUCAACUUCUGUACAACGGUUGGCCAAACUUAGCUUGCAGACCUUGACCUUGCCCAGCAGAAGAUAAAAGGCUCAAACAGCUGAUCAGCUGAACAGCACGCAGCACGAAGCCGUAGUGUGUAGUGGCCAGACUACUUCGUUAGGACGACCGACCUGAAAGUGUCGCGAGAGCGCAAAGUGUUCAAAGUUUUCUCGGUUUUCGAUUCGAGGAGGUUAGGAGGGGAUUAGGCUUGGUGGGUAGGACUGAUCGUUGAUAUCUCGGAACAGGCUGUUUGGCUGUCAAACGCAACGAGUUUGUGGGUUUAGGGACACGCCUUGAGUAGUGUUGGUGUCGCCUUUCAGCUUCUUUUCCUGUUAUAUUUGAUAAUGGGUAAAACGAAGGCUGUAUUACUAUGGUCGGACACGGAGCAAGUCAGCAUCGAGGAUCUGAGCGUCAUUAACGACGAGGACAGAUAUCACGGCGCUUGUUCCACCGUAAAAAGUGGCAACAAGAUCCAGCGGGUUGUUGUGAAGUUCAUUUCUAGUGAUGAACUGAAACUGCAAGAGGAAGAGUCGAAAGUUUUAGAUGAGAUUGAGAUUAUUGUCAGGGACCGUGUUGCUCAGAAUGUUCCUGGCCAAAGGAAGUCUCGAUCGAGGAAAGCCGUUGUUUUGGAUGGGACUGCUACAAAUAAUCAGGUGGCCUUCGCCUUAGGUGAAAGAAAGAAACCUUCGGGUCAACAGCUUAGUAAAAAGAAGAAGAUUGAAGGAGAGAAGAAAUUAGCUUCCCAGGCUCAUCGUGAUGCACAGGAUACCUUGGAUAGAGCAGCUGCAGAACCCAUCAGUAGGAGAGAAUUGUUUGCUUCAGAUGAUGAAGCCGAAUCUAAUGAUGAGACUGAUGAAUCUGCAGCGCUCUUCUACAGUGAUGAAGAGAACAUGGACAGCACAGAGGGGCCUAUCAAUGGCUGCUGCCAGCACUGUGUAGCCCUCAGGAAAGCUUAUACGCAGUCUGGAGCUCUGUUUGUCAGGACAUUAGCUAAUUUUGCUAGUAUAUCAGCUGGAGUGGGCACUAAAUUUGCUGAGCUGCGACCUAUUCCCUCAGACCGAGCUUGUUGUGAGGUCACCAAGGGGUCUAAAGUAUUCAUCACUAAUGCAGAUAAGAAUGCUAUUAAGUCAGAGUAUCGAGGAGACCCUGCAAAGAUGACACGGGCCACAUUAGUUUCCUUAUAUGGUCGGGAUCUUCUCGAGAGGCAAGCAGUAACAGCCAGGGGUUCGAAGCAAGGGACAUUAGGAAUUCCAAAGAGAAUUCGAGAUGCUGUGCGAGCAUUUGUGAAUCGCAACAAAGGUGAAGCUUAUCCAGUCCUGAAUGAAGCCAAUUUCAACAGGAUUAUCAAUAAGCAGAGGUCAGCGAUACACAGGGUGAGGGGUUCAAAGCGCACUCCUGCGAAGGAGCAGCUUCUGAACUCAAGCCCACUCAGGCUUCAGCUUGAAUCUGCUCAGCUACCAGCCUCCCCUCUGGCUUCCUCCAAUUUGGUCAACAUCAACCAGCCCCAGGUCAGCAACUCGCCUCUGGCUCCCUCCAGUUUGGUGAACACCAACAGCAACUCAUAUUCCCCGCAUCAGAGCACUCCAUCUGGAUCUGAUUGGCAUCAUGGUGCCCAACAUUAUCCAGGUUAUAACCAGAAUUAUCCUGGUUACUACCCCCCUCACCAAGGUCUAUCUCCUCAACCUGCUGAACCUAGUUGGUUCAACCAGAACUCUGAUAUUCCUUGCCUUACUGCUCUCUAAUUAACUGUACCUAAAAAAUCCCCUUUAAUUAAUCUGUACAUAAUUACAUAGUUUCAUCAUUUUGUAUCUGAUGUUUUAUCUGACUGAUGUUUUAUCUGACUGAUGUUUUAUCUGACUUUUGAAUUGAAUAAACACGUGAAUUCUCAUCUCA